CAGAAGCAGAGCGCCAGAUUUCUCUUUCCUUACUGGAAGCGAGGGGCGGAGCCUGUCGUUUAUAAGGCUCGCGCUCCGCCGGGCGCUCGCGACACACACACACACACACACAAAACCACGUACAUGCACACACGCGCGCGCAGGCGGCACGGGCCGAUACGCGCGCGCGCGCCGUGCUGCAUUGAAUCGCGCUGCGCUCGGACUGAAGGAUUUAUUCCGCUCUCCGAAAAAAACAAAAUUAAAAAAAAAAUAAAAACAUCAUCACUGGACAUUACAGUUAUCAAUUUACUGUCGGCAUCUGUGUUUUGUUAAAGGACAAAACAAGUUGACAUUUUUCCGGGGGAAAGACACGGCUCGGCUGAGUGGCCCACCACAGCUGUACAGUUCACCUUCUCCAGAUGUUCUAGCAGUGACUGAGCCCUCAGCAGCUUGCCUGGCCACCCGAGUCCACCUUGGGGCCCUACCAUUCGGGACUCUGUGUGGCAUCCACCAAGAAGCUCAGGGUGUGGGCGCAACGCCAUGGUAACCCACAGCAAGUUUGAUUCCGCGAUGAGCAGCAGCCCCUUUGAUGCCAGCAUGCGGCUGCCGCCCCAUAGAUACAAGACCUUCAGCUCCAAGGUCCAGUACCAGCUUAUCCUCACUGCCGUGCGGAAAUUGCAGGAAAGCGGCUUCUACUGGGGUGCCGUCAGCGGCAAAGAGGCCAAUAGCCUCCUGAGUGCAGAGCCUGAAGGCACCUUCUUGGUGCGAGACAGCUCUGACCACCGGCAUUUCUUCACACUCAGCGUCAAGACUGCUUCGGGCACCAAGAACCUGCGCGUGCAGUGCGAUGGCACCGCCUUCUUCCUGCAGACUGACCCAAAAAGCACGCAGGCCGUUCCCCGCUUUGACUGUGUGCUGAAGCUGAUCCACCACUACAUGCCACCCAAAGGUGGCUCGUCCCCAGGGGUUCCACGCAGCACAUACUUCAUCCACUCUGGUGGUGAGAAGAUCCCACUUGAGCUGCUGAAGCCACUGUCCACCAGCAUGUCCUCUUUGCAGCAUCUUUGCCGCAAGACAGUCAACGGGCACCUAGACAUUUCCAGCAGGAGGGACCAACUGCCCCACCCGCUCAAGGAGUUCCUCCAGGAGUACGAUUCUCCCAUCUAAAGAGUCCCCCUUAGUCCCGCAGACUGAAAACAGGUGGCCUGGGAAUCCCCAGAGACUGAGCUCAGAUGCCUGGUGCCCUGUGUGGGUGACUUGGGGAGUGUGCAGGCAGGAGAUCCGAAGUUCCGGAAGAUGUUUCGGGAGACAAGAGUCUCGGGAGUGGUGAGGAGGAAGCUGGCAGCGCUGCUUGCCUGGCUAAACGAGGGCGGUGGGGUUAAUGGGCAUGGUGACAUGGACUUAACCGGGUCAGUGGCAUGCUCUGGUAUGGCCACCACCUGCCUUUGCGAUGGACAUGUGCAAAUUGGACUCCUGUGCCCUUGUGGGGCCUCCUCCAUGCCCCGCCUCCAGCGAAGGACAAGGCGGGGCCGAUGCCAGGUGGCCCCCAUCUCUUUUUGUGUCAAACGCCAAGGUCUUACCAUCACCCAGUCAACCCAGUGUGAUUGUAGCAGCGUGGCUCACUUCGCGACGACGUUCACGGCGAACUGUCAUGCGGGAAUCUGGUAUGCUGCUAUAGCUACGCUUCAGUUCUUUUAAUUGAUAAGAUUUUUCUUUCUUUUCUUGUUGACUUUUAAUUGCCACCCUACCACUGCCACGACCACUGCUACCCACCCGGAUGGGUGUUUUGGUAGCUCCGUGUUGCCUCCACGUCUGAAUGAAGUGUGGAGCCAGCGCUCUGCAAUGACAUACACAUUUCCACUGCUGCUUGCCAACCACGAUUGCCUCAUAAGUGGCUGCGGGAGGACGGUUGGUCGAUGGCUGGGGGAGGUGGGAAGGCUGGGCCCGCCAAGCCGCCGGUGCCCCCUCCCCGGAGCACUGUUUCUGACUAGCACCGUAUGUCGGUGCAUGUUCCUGAUAAGAUGGCCCAUUUCUUGCCUGAGACUGGUUCAGAGAACGACAAUUCGUAAGAGCACGGUUGGACAGGCGGCCUCAUCCCACACGUUAGCGCCCCCGUGUGAGUGCCGCUGAGUGCAGACGGCGGGGGCCUGGCAUUUCGCAGGAAGUCCAUGGCAGAGGCCGCGACAUCUCACAUCUGCUCGGUGGAAGGAAGAGGCAGAGAGCCAGUGACUGCCUAAUAAACAAACGUGAAGUGCGGACCUGUGAAGCUGAUCCAAGCCACUCGGGGACACCCUGAGGGCACGCCGCUGCUCCUCACUAUAUGAAUGUGGGCCGAGGGGGGUGCUCUCUCUGUUACACUGACCCCCCUGCGCUCGGUUGGAAAAGGAGAGGGCAGAUGCGUGUGCUCAGCAGUCCCGUGCUGGAGACUUCCGUGAACGAGAAAUGCAUGCAGACAGUGUGGUGGGGUUCGUGGUGAAUUUCACAGGCACGAUGCCUCAUGUGCUCGCUCAUGAAUGUAUUAAAAAGGAAUCUCUCUUCCUGUCAGCCAGCGGGAGAAUCCCCGGUUCCGUCGGUUGUAAUUUUUUUUUAUUUCCUAAUACAAGACAAUGUUUACAUUAGUGAAAGCAGACGAGACAAUAUGUGUGUAUUUUCCAGUCUUUUAUAAAGAGUUCACCUUUAAUGGCUCGCCAGAUUACUGGCAGAACAAGCUUGAAGAUCUAAAACAAAAUAAAAGCAAACAAAAAAAGAAAAUUUGCACAUAUUUAUAUUUAUAAGACAUUUCAGUAAUUUAUAUUAAAGAGCACUAUUUUUACAAAAUGAUCCCUGUCUUUUGAGUGUGUCAUUUCGUCCUUUCCUGUAACAUGCACACAAGGUAAAUGUGGGUCCGCAUCUUCAUAUGCACAUCCUACUCAGCACCUACAUGCAGUCACACGUGUCUGCUUUCGCGUGCACGUAGCGCAUCUUUCUUCCUGUAGACCCCCGCAGCAGCCCUCCCCCAGCGUAGCUCUCGACGAC